AUGCAGUUGACCGCUCGCCUUCUCUCUCUCGGCUUCCUUGCCGCCGCCGUCUCCGCUGCCCCGGUUGUGGAGAGGCAGCUCGAUCUAUUCCAGCUGCAAAUCUCGUGCCCCGCCAACCAGAGGGUAGACGGCCGGUUUCUUGCCCUCAACAACAACACCCUCGGCGUCUUCAGUGCCGACUUCGAACCUGUCAGGGUCUAUGCCGUCGAGGGCGCGAAGGAGGGGGUGAACGAGUUGCACACAUACCCCGUAGGCAUUGUCGACCACUCCCUCGGACUCGUUGGCCCUCCUGGCUUCUUGACCCUGGUCGACUUGAUGAAUCCCUCCACCGUUAAGCCCGGCGAUGGGAACGUUGCCCAGUGGGACACGUUCGUCAUCUCGGACGGGAAGGUCACCAACGACGCUGUCGGCCAAUGGCUUGCCUUCCCGGGACACGACGACACCUGGAAGGUGAAAUGGUCUGAUGGCACGGCCGUUGUCACGGCUGAUUUCAUGCCCAUUGAAAUCUUAUACAAGAGCGCCGGCGAAGGUCGCUACAACGGGGUGUGA